GGAGAGAGACUUGAAGCAGACAGCAUCACAAGUGACCUCAUGGAGUCCCAGGCUGCUACAAAGGGAACAUUUCCAUCCUUUCCUCAGACAGGCCCCAUUGCCAUCCCACAGGAGUCAAUAGUACAAUCCUACCAAUUGAAAGAACCCCUGCAGAAAUUCCUGAGAGGGAAGCCCAAAGUAUUGGGGACUGUCCAGAUCAUUAUUGCCCUGAUGAACUUUGGCUUAGGAAUGAUUGUUGCUUUCUUUCCUUGGAAUUUUUAUGGACCGGGAAAUUUCCUAUGGCCAAGUGGCUACAUAUUCUGGGGAUCAGCAUUUUUCAUCAUCUCUGGCUCCCUCUCCAUUGCUGCAGAGAACAGAACCACAUAUCCUCUGAUCCAAAGCAGCCUUGCAAUGAACAUUGUUAGCUCAGUGGUGGCUGGACUGGGAAUCAUCUUUUUCUCAUUCAACUUGGUAAUGUUUGCAUACUCCCACUACUAUUACUGUCGCCAAGAAGGUUACCAUGAUGUCUGUGUUUUUGGUCACUCUCUAUUACUGGGAAGCAAUGGGUUCCUGCUGAUCUUAAAUGUAUUAGAAUUUGCCGUCUCCCUUGGGGUCUCUGCCUUUGGCUGCAACGCUAUCUGCUGUUUGCAUAGUGGGUUUGUCAUCUUUAUGCCUCCCUCUACCCACGUGCCAGAGAACUCUGCUGCUGAAGCCUGCAAAGAAGGGACCACACUUCAGAGCCCAGUUGCUGACCCAACUGCGUUGCCAGGAAGCCAUCCUGACAGUUUCAUAUAGAAAACUUGCUUCCAUUUUCCUUCCUGACUGUUUCUUAAGGAAAUAGAGAACAAAUCAACUAUAUUUUCCUGGAAUUCUUUGUUAAUGGUCACUUUCAACACUGGUCACAGACUCCUACUUUCCUGUUUUCCACCCCCCCAUGAUAGUCCUUUAAUAAUCUCAGUGUUUGCUUACAACAAUAUCAGCAAAAACAUCAGUGAAUCAGAUUUUUCGUUGGCUAGCCAAUAUGUGGAGCCCGCCUUAGUCAGACUGUGGAUGCUGGGAGACAGGGUCCUUAGAAGAUAACCCAAGGGAGCAGAAGGGGAUGGGGAUAGCAGCACAAAAUUGGAUUUCCUGCUCCCCCUUGAAUGAGGAUUCUCGACCUUUGGAAUCUUCUGUUUCUUUUACCUGAGGGUAUACUGUGAUUCCACCCCCAGAGAUCUGGGCUCCAUCAUCUUUGUUCUUCAACUUCUGUGCUUGCUCCUCUAGCACCCUGACCCUUGAAGUGAAUUCCUCUAGCUCCAAGUACUGCUGAAAUCACAGAUAGGGCAAAUAUGUACAUGGAAAGAAUUAGAGAGUUGACCAGCACUCUCUUGUGGGUCACCUCUCAAUCUGCCCCUUCACAUGUUUAUUCAUAUUUUAUACCAUCAUGUCAAGCCCUCACAUAACUCAGAGACA